GGACUGUAAAGAUAGCAAUAAUCGUUAAGCCAGUGGAUCAGCAUCACCAUAGGAUACUCCUCCAAACUCGGGACUGGAUUUAAGCGACCCUUCCUGCGACUCAUGUGUGAUUAGGGAGCAACUCUUCGCUUGGAACGAACUGAAACAAUGGGAGCGUUUGGAGUGGUACUGAGCACAUUGCAUUUCGUGGGACUCUACGUCCAACUUAGCACUGCUUCUAACCCCGGCGGCGAUGUCGAAGUGGACAACCACAUCUCUGGCAACGCUCUCUUCACGGAGGUGCCUCAUGACAUGGUGACGGAGAGUGGGCAGGAUGUGGAGAUGGCCUGCUCCUUCCGGGGCGCCGGCUCGCCCUCCGUCUCCCUGGAGAUCCAGUGGUGGUACAUCCGCAACCACCGCGAGUGGACCGAGAAGGCCUCCUGGUCCAACAACCAGGUGGUUCCAGUGGAGGAAAUGGUGAAGGAUGCCACCAAAAUCAGCGUGGUGAAGGUGGCGGGCAGCAACAUCUCCCACAAGCUGCGCCUCUCCAACGUCAAGACGACCGACGAGGGCACCUAUGAGUGCCGCGUGAUCGACUUCAGCGACAGCCACGCCCAGCACCACCGUGUGCGCGCCUACCUCCAGGUGCAGCCGCCGGGCGAGAGGAGGUCCCAAGAGAAGACCAGCGCCAAUGGCCACCACCCGCACGAUCACCAGGGGGCAGGCAUCCAGGACGAGCAGCUUCACCUGGACGAGCAACUGCACCCCCAUCCCCACCAGCAUCAGCAUCCUGGAGACCAGCAACUGCAGCAGCAUCAGCAGCUGCACCGUGACAACCACCAUGACAACCGCCACAAAGAGAAGCCUCAUCAUGACCACGAGCACGACCACCCUGCCCAUGCUGCUGGAGACCAGAAGAAGCAGCAACAGCAGCACCAUGGUGACCAGGCACUGCACCAUGGCAACCAGAAGCAGCAUCAUGGAGACCAGGCCCCUCACCACCUCAACCAGCAGCAACAUCACCACGGUGAUGAUCAGGCCCACAAGGAUGACCAGCCUCUCCACGUCCACCCCGGCAACCACCACAAGAAGGAGGAGAGGGAGGAGGGGGAGGAGACCAGGAAGCAGCCCACACACAAGCACCAAUCAGACGAGGCGGAGAUGAAAAGACGCUCGGUGGAAGGGGAAAGUGACUGCACAUCUGACGAAUGUGGACAUUAA